AUGCCAAGUUUGAAGACAUACUGGCUCCAAAAUGAAUGCCGAGCCGUCGUUGGCGAAAAGGACACCGGCAACUUCGGCGCAUUUAGGUUGGCAACACGACCACGAAAGAAAGCAUCUGUCCCCAAGCUCCCGAAGGCACCGGCUCUCGAUAAUGCAACAUGCAUGCAUGUGAGCCCUGUGCGCAAUGACUAG